AUGCGCUCAUUCAUCGGUCUUGCCGGAUUGGCAGUUUGCUCAUCGGUGGUGCUGGCAGCCCCUACUAGCAUGGAAUCUCGGGCCUCGUGCGCCUUCUCUGGCCCUACUGGUGCUGCUUCAGUCCUCAAAACUAAGACUCAAUGUUCGACCAUUGUUUUAUCAAACGUCGCUGUGCCGGCAGGAACGACGCUCGACUUGACUGGCCUCAAUGAAGGAACCAAUGUCAUCUUUGAGGGUACUACCACUUUUGGUUAUACCGAAUGGUUAGGGCCUCUGGUUUCUGUCUCUGGCACAAACAUUACCGUUGAAGGUGCCUCAGGUGCCGUGCUCAAUGGUGACGGUUCGCGUUGGUGGGACGGUAAAGGCUCCAACGGAGGCAAGAAGAAGCCUAAGUUCUUUGCAGCUCACGAUCUCAAGUCAUCGACUAUCAGCAGUCUGAAGAUCACGAAUUCACCUGUUCAAGUCUUUAGCAUUGACGGCGCUGAGACGCUGAACCUGGAAUCUAUUACGAUCGAUAAUUUGGCUGGUGAUACCACAGGUGCCCACAACACUGAUGCCUUUGAUAUUGGCGACUCCGAUGGUGUUACAAUUACCAACGCCACCGUCCAGAACCAAGAUGACUGCUUAGCAGUCAACUCUGGUACUAACAUCAUCUUCACUGGUGGGACUUGCUCAGGUGGUCAUGGUCUCUCCAUUGGUUCUGUUGGAGGUCGCUCCGAUAACACUGUCAACACCGUCCACAUUGAAAAUUCCACCAUUAAGAACUCUCAAAAUGGCGUCCGUAUCAAGACUGUCUCUGGUGCUACUGGAUCCGUGUCUGGUGUAACCUACAGGGAUAUCACACUUGAGAAUAUCUCCAAUUACGGCAUCGUUAUCGAACAGGACUAUGAGAAUGGCAGCCCGACAGGCAAACCUACCACUGGUGUCCCUAUUACUGAUUUGACCAUCGAUGGUGUGACAGGCAGUGUCGCCAAUGACGCUACUGACGUCUAUAUUCUUUGCGGAAAAGGAAGCUGCUCCAACUGGACCUGGGAGGGUGUGAGCCUUACCGGUGGCAAGAAAUCCAGCAAAUGUGAAAACAUUCCUACCGGCGCUAGCUGCUAA